AUGAGCGCCGCCGAGGUCGAAAAGGUCAAAUCGGCCGCUGAGACGUCGCCUCUAACGGACAGCAAGCAGCGGCCUUCAUCGCCAAACGCAGCCCAUCACCAAGAGGACGGUGAUGCCCCUUUGGAGACGAAGGCUCGUCCGGAGCGCACGGCAACCUUCCGUGACUACGCUCGGGUAUUUGGCUAUGCGACGAAGUGGGAUUACCUCGCCUACGUGGCCGGAGUCAUCGCUUCCAUCGGCGCCGGAGUGACGCUGCCGUUGAUGAACGUCGUCUUCGGCAAGUUCGUUGGAAAUUUUACAAGCUUCAACUCCAGCACCGCCGAUGCGCAAGCUAGGGAAGCGUUUCGAGAGGAUCUAAAUCGUCAAUCCUUGUAUAUGUUUGCUCUUUUCCUAGCCCGUCUUGGGCUCAACUACAUAAACAAGCUCUGCUUCCGCAUGAUAGGCAUCCGCAUUUCUUCUGCCAUCCGCCUGCAUUACCUUCGGCGCCUCUUUGCUCAGAGCGUCCAUGUCCUGGACUCGAUGCCCCCCGGCUACGCGACGACGACCAUCACGACGGUCAGUAACACACUCCAGCUAGGCAUUUCGGAAAAGCUGGGCGUCUUCAUCGAGUACAUGUCCACCAUCAUUGCCUCCAUCAUCAUCGCGUUCAUCUACAACUGGUCAUUGUCCCUCGUCACUUCCUCUGUCAUCCUCUUCAUAAUGAUUUCUGUUGCCAUCCUGCUACCGGUGAUUGUCAAGGGCCAUGGCCGCAUGUCAAAGUCGGAAGCUAAAUCAUCUGCCGUCGCGAGCGAGACCAUGUCCAGCAUUCGAAUGGUCAUGGCCUACAGUGCCGAGGCUCGUAUCGCCCGCAAGUAUGCCGACUUUGUGGACGAAGCCAAGAAACAUGCACGCUUCAUCAGCCCCUUUCUAGCCCUUCAGUUUGGGUUAAUCUUCUUUGCUGUAUUUUCCGCCUUUGGACUUGCCUUCUGGUAUGGCACCAAGUCGUAUCUUGAAGGCCGGCUGGAUGACGUAGGCACUAUUGUCGUCGUCCUGCUCAAUGUCAUGAUGGUCGUUUUCUCCCUCGAACGCACCUCCAACCCGAUGCUGGCUGUCGGUAAAGCCACCGUCGCCGCUUGCCAGUUCUUCACCAUCAUCGAUGCACCGCUGCCUGAGAAGGGGACACUGAAAAGCCCUGAAGUAUCGGCAACGGAAGACAUCGUUCUAGAAAAGGUCACCUUUGCCUAUCCAAGCCGACCACACGUCAAGAUUCUCGACGAUCUGGACCUGCGAAUUGAGGCAGGUAAGAUCACAGCCAUCGUUGGCCCCUCCGGCUCGGGAAAGAGUACAAUUGUCGCUUUGAUUCAACGGUGGUACAAUCUUCAAGAACAGUACGCUAUUGAGAAAGCGAUUGAGAAAAAGAAAAAGAAGAAGAAGAAGAGCAAGAAGAACGACAACGGCGAGGAGGAACCCGAAGAAGACGAGACCGGCGAGGUCGAAACCGAAGAUACGGGACCUCUGAUCUCUCUCGCCGGAUCCGUUUCAACUUCUGAUCAUUCCCUGGAUGACAUCGAUCUCAAGUGGUGGCGAUCUCAAAUUGGACUGGUCCAACAAGAGCCUUUCCUCUUCAACGAUACCAUCUUUAAAAAUGUCGCCAACGGUCUGGUCGGCUCAGAGUGGGAAUUCGAAGCCGAGGAGAAAAAGAGGGACCUUGUCAGGGAGGCAUGCAAGGAAGCUUUUGCAGACGAGUUUAUCGACAAACUCCCGGACGGCUACGAUACUGCCGUUGGGGAUGGCGGAGCCAAGCUGUCUGGAGGCCAGCGCCAGCGAAUUGCUAUUGCCCGGUCCAUUGUCCGGAAGCCAAAGAUUUUGAUUCUUGACGAAGCUACGAGCGCAAUUGAUGUCAGGGGCGAACGAAUCGUCCAAGCUGCCUUGGACAGGGUCGCUCAAAAUCGAACCACCAUCACCAUCGCCCACCGUCUCUCCACCAUAAAGAAAGCCGAUCGAAUCGUCGUCUUGAAGAGGGGAAAGGUCGUGGAAUCGGGCACGCAUCAAACGCUCAUGGACAUUGAUCAAGGCGUCUACGCGAGGCUUGUCAAUGCCCAAGCGCUUACGUUGGGAAGUUCGACGGAGGCGAGCGAUGACCAUGGCGGCAACGACGAUGCUUCCCUGGAACGCAAGCGGAGCCGCGCAGCAUCCGAGAAAGGAGAAUCGGCCGAGGAGACCAAGGCAAAAACGCGAAACUUCUUUGCCAGUUUCGGUCUUUUCUUCUACGAAACGCGGACGUAUUGGUGGCUAAUGGCCUUGACCGUCUUCUUCGCUGCCUGUGCUGGAGCGGCGAUACCCCUCCAGGCGUGGCUCUUUGCCGAGAUCGUCGUCGUCUUCUCUUUCGAAGGACAACCUACCAAGAUGAAGGAAGAAAGCGAGUUUUGGUCUCUCAUGUGGGUGGUGCUCGCCGUCGGCACUGGUCUUGGCUACUUUGGGUGCUUCCUCGCUUCGACGCAAGUGGCAGCCACUGUUCGUGCCAAGUAUCAGAAGCAGUACUUUGAGGCGAUCCUCCAUCAGAAAACGUCGUACUUUGACGAGGAGGAUCACUCGCAGGGUACGAUGACGGCGCGCUCCUCGGGGGAUCCGCAGAAGCUGGAGGAGCUCAUGGGGCCCAACAUGGCGAGCGUCUACAUUGCCAUCUUCAACCUCAUCGGAUCCGUCGCCAUUGCAUUUGCGUUCGGAUGGAAGCUCGCUCUCGUGGCAUGCUGCAUCGUCAUGCCUGUUAUCAUGGCCAUGACGUACUGGCGUUUCAAGUACGAAAUUCAGUUUGACGACAUGAACAACGAGGUAUUCGCCGAAAGCUCCAAGUUUGCUUCCGAGUCCAUCGGCGCCUUUCGCACCGUCGCUUCCCUGACGAUGGAGGAGGCCAUUUGCCAACGGUUCGAGAGCCUCUGCAAGAACCACGUUAUUACGGCCUUCAAGAAGGCUCGCUGGGUAAGUCUCCUCUUUGGCUUGUCCGAUAGCGUGACCAUGGCCUGUCAAGCCCUUGUCUUCUACUACGGUGGCCGGCUUCUGGCCAGCGGGGAGUACGGACCGCUCCAAUUCUUCGUCUGCUUCAUGGCAGCGAUUCAGUGCGGAGAAGCAGCAGGGCAGGGUCUUAGCUUUGGCCCCAACGCGGCCCAAGUCACCGCUGCGUCGAACCGCAUCUUGGACAUGCGCGAGUCGCGUCUCAGCAACGAAGUUUCCGAACAGCAAAUGGUUCCCGAUGCGAAAGGCGGCAUCAAAGUUGAGUUUGACAACCUGCACUUUCGAUACCCCACGCGCGAUGUGCCCGUCUUUCAGGGCCUGAGCUUCACCGUCGAGCGUGGCCAGUUUGCGGCGCUUGUCGGUGCUUCGGGCUGUGGAAAGACGAGCAUCAUCGCACUCAUGGAGAGAUUCUACGACCUCGAAAAGGGGCGCAUCCUGUGCAACGGCAAGGACAUUGCGGAGAUGAACGUCUACGCUUACCGGAAGCAUCUCUCUCUAGUUGCCCAAGAGGCCACCCUCUUCCAAGGCAGCAUUAGGGAAAACAUUCUCCUCGGCGUCGACGAAGCUGCUGUCACCGACGAGAAGCUCCACCAAGCGUGCCGUGACGCCUCGAUUCACGAUUUCAUCGUCUCGUUGCCCGAAGGCUACAACACGAACAUUGGUUCCAAGGGCGUGAGCCUCUCUGGCGGACAGAAGCAGCGGGUUGCCAUUGCGCGUGCGCUCAUCCGCGACCCGGACAUGCUGCUUCUCGACGAGGCCACUAGCUCGCUCGAUUCGGAGAGCGAAAAGCUCGUGCAGGUAGCUCUGGAGCGAGCCGGCCAGGGGCGAACAAUGCUCGUCGUGGCUCAUCGGCUCGCUACGAUCCAGAACGCUGAUGUGAUUUUCGUGCUCGGAGAAGGCAAGUUGUUGGAGAAGGGAACUCAUGGGGAGCUCUUGCAAAGGAAAGGGGUUUACUGGCAUAUGCUCUGGAUCGAUGAAGCAGGGUUGGAUGCUGGGUACGAUGAUGACGGAACGGCAACUAAAUCUCACGACGACUCGGUUAGGAUCCAUCACCACUCUGCCAGCCAAGGCAAUGUUGUCAUCCAGACAUCUGGAGGGGGGCAUUCUAGUUUUGGCAGCGAGUCCCUGCGGCCGAGAGGCACCCAGGCGUAG